CUUGACCAGAUUGGUUGCUUAAAUGAAGCAGCUUUUUUUUCACUCUCUUUUUCAAGGAUCCAAAUUCGUGUCUAGUGAUCAAGCCUACAAAGUAACCCUGAUUAGUUACAGAUCUCGUGUUUCUCGAGCAACAGAUAUAUCUUUUUGGUUUUAUCUCAGUACAAGAACAGAACAAAUAAACAAAAGAUCAUGACUGUACUCAGUUAGCUCAACUCCCUCACCGCCCGUGAACUGCAAAUGCUUCCCAAAAUGGAAGGCUGCCAUUCUCCUGUUUUCUCAAGUGCCUUUUAGCACCGCCUUUGCUCUAGUCUGUGUUCUGCUUCCAAUCCUCAUGACCCUCCUCCCAUUUUACCUGCUUCUCCACCGGAUCAAGGCCCUCGUUACAAUGGCAAAGUCCGUAACCUCGGCGUCUCGAGGCAAAGAGGACAAGACGAUGCCUGACGAGUCAGAAGUUGCUGUGCCUCCUGUCCCAGAGUCGUGCCGAAGCUCAGACUUGAUGGAUGGAGGAUUGGAGGACAUCCAGGUUCCGGCUCUUAUGCCACAGAUCACCGAGAAGAUCCCGGGCCCAGUCACCGCUAGUACCAUUGUCAAACUGGCCGAGAAGCUUGAUCUGGGAGCACCGGCUCUGUUGGAUGGCGGAUCGGACAACCUUGGAAUCCCUACGUUGACUCCCAAGCGUAGUGCAACUAGUUUCCCGCGUGCAACCUGGGGCGCAAACAACUCUACGAUCGGCACCGAGGGACAAACGAAGGUCGUUCCCUGGAACGGUAAGAUCCGCUGGGCUAUUGAAGGUCCUAGUAUCUUCGAUGACGAGGAAGACGAGCUUGGAGCAUUCUACUUCCGUCCUAACCUACUAGCUCGGCACCCGUCUUCGGACAUCUGGAUGUUCCAGUAUGGUCUACGAUAUAUCCCCAGCAAGGACGAUGGAAACGUGUAUCGCACGGUCCGGAUCGAAAAUAUCCCACCAACAGUUACGUUGAAGGAUAUCUUGCCUGCCGUUAGCGCUGAGAUCUUCUUAGCUCGUCUCGCUAAUACUAUCCCCAUCACAGGAUCCCAGACUGCGCUUAUCACGUUUGUUUGGCAGUGCGAUGCUGUACGCUUCUCUCAGACCUCAAAGGCUGGCAUAAACUUUGGUCAUGAAGUGGCAAAGGUUGUUCCCGUCAACACACCAACGUACCCCAUUUCAGCCGAGUUGAAGCGACUGAUCUUCAAAGAGGGCUAUACGCGCUGUCUGUGCGUUGCAAAUCUGCGCGAGACCCUGAAGAGUGAGAUCCGCCGCGUCAUGGAAAAGUCUAGCUACUCCCAUGAUAUUGAGAAGAUUGAAGACGGCCUUGUGCUGGGAGAGACAUACAUUCGGUUCCAUUCGAUCAAAGUGUCCGCUGCGGCGUACGAGCUUCUCAAAAACCACCGGUGCUUUACACAGUGUGACUUCAAAUUCCUGAAGAAGGACCGAGACACGGGUGGUACCGGCUCCGAGGAGCGCAACUUUAGAACCAAAGUGCAGGAAAGUCACACCCGCAUCGGGAUUUGGGAUUAGUGUCGUGGUCUUGAAUAUUCAUUUUGAAUCUUCUCCGUGAAUGCAUCCAUUCUACUACUAUUCGACCGUUUCU